CCUUAGAUGUCUAGUCAACUAUUGUGCCCCAACGCAUUCCAUUCUUAUUUGAUUCUGCACUCCCUGAUGAUUAAAUAAAUAAAAAGAUUUAGCAUUUCUUAUCACAACCUUUUUUGUAUCUAAUCUGAUCGAUUGCGUAAAGCCCGCAUCCCUAGGGUGCCAUGUUCUAGGAGCCCAAACUAUAUGAAGGCAUAUGUAUUUACUCAUGACUUAGAACAGAAGACACCACUCAAAACUCCCACUGAAUCAAGUCUAGUUAUGAUUAGCUAUUCAGUAUUGUUUCUUUUUGCUUUUUUAAUCCAAGUAAAGUGAACAGUUGAACAAAUUAUCUGAAUUGUGUAUAUGAGAGGGAGAUUUAAUCAGAAAGUUUGGUAAAAAAAGGGCCCUGAAGAGGCUGGUAAUGGAGCAACAGCAAGUGAUUCCUCACAAAUCUCCAAACCCCAUAAUAAAUAUAUCUUUAUAUAUACUUCAGCUUGAUCAGUAGUUACACUAAUUAAGCCAUAGUUUAAGGAGUGAUGAUGGAAAGCCCAAACAGGAAAUCUUCUCAAAAGUUUGUGAAGAGUACUAGUUCACAGCCUGCAGCUCCAUCAAGUACUAAAGGUGCAAAGAACAGCCCUCCUCGACGACCCUUCAGCAGCCAUUCUGUGGUUCUUCAAAAGCCUCCAAUAAAAGAAAACAGCAAACAAUUGGAUAUCAAGCUCCACACUGAAGAAAGAGCAGCCCGACGUGCAUUGUUCAAUUCUACAGUUGCAAUCAAGCUGUGUAUCAUAGAGCAACAGAAGAGGCAAGUAGAGAAGCUGCUAAAGGUAAUAGAGGAGGAAGAGGUUAAGAUGCUGAGAAAAGAAAUGAUUCCAAGAGCUCAGUUGAUGCCUUUUUUUGAUAGACCCUUCUUCCCACAAAGAUCAACAAGGCCUUUGACAGUUCCACGAGAGCCAAGUUUUUACCGCAAGAACUCCAGCUUCAUCUCCUGCAGAUAAAAACAUAUUACAGUGUUUUAACACAUUUAAGGCAUGGAUGCGACUGACUAACUUGUGUAUAAA